AAAAAGAUCAGGCAAACGCCCGAGGCAUUAAAAGGGCAGCUCGGCCGACCAUAAAUCAAAAAGAGGGCAGCCCGGGCAGGAUGGCCGCCCAGGUCCUGGAGGCCAACGAGCGGGGCGGCUUCGACCUGUCGGCAGCCCCGACGACGCCCUGCGCCAUCUGCGCGACGCCGCGGACCAGCGACGAGCUGCUCGCCCCGUCCUGCCAGCACCCGCGCCACGGCGCCUGCAAGAAGUGCAUGGCCAUGGCCCUCGCGCGGCCCCAGGGCCGCGGGGCCAUCGACCGCGACGACGGGUCCAUGGGCUGCGUGGCCGCGGGCUGCGACGGGCGCAUCGCGCUGCGGGACCUGCUGUCUUGUGUUGACGACCCAAAAGUACAAAAGCAAGUCCUCCAGCGCGUGAAGGAGAUCCGCGCGGCGAAGCCCCAAGUGGUGGACGCGACGUCGGCCGGGGGGUUGGACAGGCGGAAGCAGUACCUCGCGACGUGCGCGUUCCUGCUGAAGCCCGACAUUAGUGGGCGGGACCGGGAUACGAUAAACGCGUACUUGCAGCGGAACGGCGUGCCCACGGAUGUCAUCGAGGCGGCGCGGGCGACGCUCGAUCGGAAGGAGGACCCGAGAGCUUCUACGUGCUUCCUCGAGGCCGCGGCGCCUGUUGUUAAUGUGGAGGUGGGCGGCCAGGCGCACGCGCCCGCUUUCGCCGAUCUGGACGACGAGGAGGAGCUCGCGAGUGCGUUGGAUGCCGAGGCCGAGGAGUUGUUGGUGGAGGCGUCCGACCUCACGACGGUCAUGGCGCGGGCGGACCUGUCGAAGAAGAAGGCCACGAAGCGGACGGCGAAGCUGAGGGUCGGCCGCGCCGCGGACGGCGUCGCGGAAAGUCUGCAGGAGCGGGGCUGGGCGUGCCUCGACGGCUUUUGUGGAACGGACCUCGUGCAACGAGUGUUACGGGAGAUCGGGGGCCUGGAGCCCUUCUACGACCCGUCGGAGAUCUGGGUCGGGUCGUCGUCGACGGUCGGCGCGCAAGUGGUCGUACCGAGCGUUCGGGGCGACAAGGUGCUCUGGAUGUGCGGCGCGCACCCCCAGGCGCAGGGCGACGCGAAUUCAAGAGCUAUAAGGGAGAAGGGCGGCGUCGAGCCCUGCGACACGGACGUCAAGCGGAAAUUCGCCCUCGCGAAGGGCGGCGGCGUCUCGAAGAUCGACCGCAGCCAGGUGGCGCGCUUCCCGUCCGUGCGCGACCUCUUCAAGGCCAUGGACGCCUUCGUGCUGAAGGAGCUCUGUCCGAGGGUGGAGCGGUUGAACGACUGCGCCAGUCGUUCAGAUGGGAUGCUGGCCAUCUACCCCGGCGGCGGCGCGCGCUUCCAGGCCCACGUCGACAACACGACGGAUGACGGGAGAAGGUUGACCGUAUUGUGCUACUUUAAUGAAAAGUGGCACGAGGACCACGGCGGGGCGUUACGCCUGCACGGCGCGACGGGCCCCGUCGAUGUUUUACCGAAAGCUGGUCGGUUGGCGUGCUUCUAUUCCGACCUCAUGAAGCACGAGGUGCGGCCGACGCACCGGCCGCGCGCGUCCGUCACGCUCUGGUACUACUCGGCGUCCGAGCGCAAGGAGGCCGUCGCGCGCGCGAAGGAGUCCGAGGCGACGGGCGACGCGCUCAAGGCGUCGGACGACGAGCGCGCGGCGGCGCGCAUGUUCGCGGAGAAGCUCUGCGACCCGAACCUGGCCUCGGACGACGUGGGCGAAUUGAGGAAGGAGGCCGAGGAGCUGCCCGAGGCGUCGCGCGCGAUUUUGGCAGGUAUGGCCGGCGUGCCGGACUUCUCGCUCGCGCUGAACCGGCUCGAGAGCGACGACCUCGCGAAGCUGCGGGGGCGGUUCGCGAAGAUGGGCGUCGAGUAAUAGACUUAGGC